AUGUCUGACCUACAAGCAGAUCGCCUACCAACCAUAUCAGCGUCACAGGCGCUAGAGGAUCUAGAGGACAAGGGCUCGAACUGCAUAUCCACGGGAAUUAAAGCUUUAGAUAAGAUCUUAGCACCUUCAUCAGUCUCUUCACAACGAUAUGGCAGUGCAGUUGCCCAGUCAGGCGGUAUCAAACGCGGGCAGGUGACGGAGAUAUGGGGCCCGCCAGGCAGCGGAAGAACAGCUUUGGGCACUCAACUGGCCGCGAAUGCCCUCGCCAACGAUGGUGGCGUGGUCUGGAUCGAUUGCUUCCACAAGACACCAGAUUCAAGACUCUCGGCCGCUUUGGAAAACAUCCAGCUUAGUAAAGAAGGGAGUGCUGGCGCCCGUGCUUCUGCAGAAGAAGCCUCGAACGGAGAUCGCUUCACGCGCUACCUGUGCUUUACGCUCCCUCAUUUCCUGGCACUUUUGUCUCGGCCCUCUAGCACAACAGUUCCUGCAGGGACAUCGCUAAUAGUCAUCAACUGCGUCUCGGCUUUGAUUAACGCGGCGCUGCCCCGGUCACAUGUCGUCAAGCAAAAGACCAAGCAGCCCCAAGGGCCUAAUGCGUCCACAAAGCGAAUGCAAGCGUUGCAAACAAUAAUUUCCCUGCUCAAUAAGCUUGCCGCAACUCGAAAUUGCGCCGUCGUUAUCCUGUCUCAGUGUGCGACCAAGAUGCAGUCAGAGCACGGCGCUACUCUUGUCCCAGCGCUCAACGCCACGGUAUGGGAGCAGGGAAUCUCCACGCGCAUUGUGCUAUUCAGAAACUGGUCGUGGGAGGGCCGCACGCCGCACAGUGUGUUUUUGGCGGGCGUGCAGAUAGUGGACGGUCACACCGUGAUGGACAUGGUUGACAAUGCGUCGGCAUUCACAGUUGAACUGACGGGCGUGCGAGAUGUCGAGUACGAGGCGGGUCACCCGAUGGAGAUGGCGGCUGCGGCGCAGCAGAAGCGCAAGAUUGGACAGACGGAGCUCGAGGUGCCUGACAGCGAGGAUGAGGACUACGGCUGGGCAGACGAAGACGAAGCCUCCCUGCCGGCACCGCCUCCACAGUGGCAGGGCAGUGAGGAUAUCAUAUUGGGGCAGGAUGUUGGGCGGAGCGAGGACGAGGAGGAAGCAGAGGAGGAUUAUCAUAGCUACGACGAGGCCGAGGGGGCGGAGCAGGCCGAGGAGUUGGACAGUAACGCGGAAUGA